CUCCGCCCACAGAGCAAACCACAGAGCACACAGUAGGUAGAGCGGCAUCGAGUCCGGUUUAUGGAUAGUGACUCCGGCGACGACCUGGAAGCGGAAGCGGGAAGAAAAGAAGAAGGAGGAGAAGAGGCCGGUGGUGUUAUGGAGGAGCCGCAGCGUCGGCGGAAGCGGAGCCCGCGCGGAAGCCACUCGCCGCCGCCGGGGAACUCGGGGGCCGGCAGGUCACAGUCAAAAAGAAAAAACAAGUCCUCAACCAAAAAAAGCAAAUCUCCUCGAGAGAAGAGAAGCCGAAGUCCACAUCAUGUGAUACCUAAAGUAAAGCAGGAGCGAGAUGAUCGUUCCCAGAGGGGGCAUGAGGAGCGUCCACAUCGAGACCACUCUGAGCCGGGCCACAGGCGGGAAAGAAGCAAUGACCGAGACAGACAUCGGGACCAUUCUGGCAGAAGGAAGCCCCACCGGGAUCAGCCUGGGGGUCAUGAAAGGGAGAGGGACGGUCAUCGCUUCCAGGUUCAGCAGGCACAGAGGGAAUUAUAUAAUGAGCAACGCCGGGAGCGCCGGGAGCAGGCAGAAGCCAGUGGUGACGAAGAGAAUCCAGGGGCAGAGGGGUCACACAGCACAGACAAAGAGCCAGGGAAUAAAGAGAAACCAAGUUUUGAACUGUCUGGGGCACUUCUGGAGGAUUCCAAUACGUUCCGUGGUGUCGUGAUCAAAUACAGUGAGCCCCCGGAAGCACGGAUCCCCAAGAAGCGGUGGCGUUUGUAUCCUUUCAAGAAUGAUGAGGUUCUCCCAGUUAUGUACAUUCACAGGCAGAGUGCCUACCUGCUGGGCAGGCACCGACGCAUUGCUGAUAUCCCUAUUGACCACCCAUCCUGCUCCAAACAACACGCUGUCUUUCAGUACCGGCUUGUGGAAUACACCCGCCCUGAUGGCACAGUGGGCCGGAAGGUAAAACCCUACAUUAUUGACCUUGGCUCAGGCAAUGGCACAUUUCUGAACAACCAGCGCAUUGAGCCUCAGCGCUACUACGAACUGAAAGAGAAGGAUGUCCUGAAAUUUGGGUUCAGUAGCAGGGAGUACGUUCUGCUCCAUGAGUCAUCAGAUACCUCAGAGGUGGACCAGAAGGCAGAGGAGGAGGAGGAGGAGGAGGAAGAGGAGGAAGAAUCCACCUGACAGCCCAUCAGGGGGUGGACUUGACCUUUCUCUACAACUGAGCCUCAGAUCCUUUGUGUGGACUGAAGUAUUGCUGCCCCAAUGCCUCUCACUGCCUUAAAAUCUGCUGCCUUUGGCUAGUCAUGUUAUUUUGUGAGCUUCUCACACACUCAGUUGAUGGUUAUGGGCACUGAAGUAGAGCCAACUGUUGCUUUUCAAAUGGUUCGGGUUAAUCAGAAGGUGCUAGGAAAGCGAGGUCACUUUUGAUACCCGGCUGACAUCGCAGCUGUGUUGCUGGAGUUUCUCAAUGUUUCUUUUAAUUUAAGACUCUGAAACAAGAAAACACCCUGUACAAAAAUUGCCUUUUCCAAACAAACAGGUUAUUUUGCUUCUCCGCACCCCUUUAUUUUUUUUGCUUGCACACUGUUUUGAAAAAAAAUGAUAGAUGCAACUUUUUUUAAAAAAAGUAGAAUUUUGGUUUAAAGCCUGGUGGAUGUUCUGUAAUGUCUCUAGUGGUUCAAUUUAUUAAUGUGUUGAGGUAAAAGAACUUGCAAAAAAUUGUGUAGAUUUCUGAGAUUCAUGUAGGAAAUUGUGCAUCAAAAUAUAUUUUCAGGGAUAUACUUUCCAGAUCCUUGGCAGUUGAAUCUGGAGUGAAAAGGAAGUUUCCUGUCUCCUCUGUCUGGCUUUCUUACCACUGAGGGGAAGGGAGCAUUAAGUUUGUUUCUCAGGCACCUGUAUUACCCCAUGAAUAAUUUUGCACUUAGCAUGGUGGAUAGUUUCCAAAAAAACAUUUAAGUAAGUUUAGUUUCUUUUCUUUCAAUGUGGAUGCUACUCUAUUUUUGUCUUACUGAUAGCAAGAGGCAGAAGGUGUAUUAGUGUUGUAGGAGGGGAGGUGGAAGAGACCUCCCCCCACAACCCUUUUGCACUCUGAAAACUUUUGUACAGGUUCUGUAGCUGCAGUUUUGUGUGUAGCUGCCUUACAAUAAAGGAAACACAACUUGCUGUGUGCAGGGGUAGUAACUUUUCCUACUGCCCCACACUUUCUGAGAGCACCUCCUGUUUGCAUAAAUGUACCAUGUGCAUAGGGUUGUGUGCAUGUCUAGAAGAAUAUUAGGAUAAAGUUUAGCAUGUAAAUAUGGGGCCAAAAUGCAGAUUUUCAAGCUUUUAGGUGAUGGAGAUGGUUUUGGACAGCAGUAUUGCCUUUCGCAGAAGUCCCUAUUUUCUUUUUUAAAUAAAGGAUUUGUAAAUUUAGCUUGAACAUUGCUGUGGGUUUUUUCUUCCUUUCUCCAAAUUGAUAAUGUUAUUUCCUCCUUAACUUUUAAUUAAAAACAGGUGGGUUGGUGUGAUAUUACAGAUAAGCAACAAAAGUAGAGUUUACAAAGCUCUCUGUGUAUUUUUAAAAAAUUCAGCAAGCACUGCAAACCAUUCUAUUAUUGCAACUUGUACUAUUGAGGAGUCUCACUAUAAGCUGUUGUUUAGAACCAGUGCUCCAUAACCCAAUACCAAAAUAUUUAUUUUCAAUACAGUGCCAUUGUGACCCUCUUAAGAAUGUUGGGGGGGGUGAACAGGGGAAGGACUAAACUAUGUGAAAAAUGAACAGAAUAUUUGAGCUGCAGUUCAUUUAUUUUCGCCUUUGCAUUCUUGUUAUAACAAAGUGCACCUAGACAUUCUGUUGUUGCUCCCAUAACCUAGGUUUAAGGUGCCAUUUAGCUCCUAGCUUUCAUAUCUCAGUUUCUAACACUGCAGGCAGCGAAAUCAUGAAAUUGGGAUAACACAUACAGCCCCAAUUUUUAAAAAGGAAGAGCAUGAAAGAAUCGUCUUAACCAAGCUUCCUCAACCUUGGCC